CGUUGUAUCCAAGUUUACGAUGAUGCUCUACUCACCGCUUCCAGAGGGAGAAAUUUGAAUCGUACGUCUUCUUCCGGGCGAAGAUGCCGAUAAAGAAAUAUGUUGCUACCUGAUACACCAAAUCCAUGAACCGGGAACAAAUUCGGCGCUAUAAUAUGUCUGUGGAAUCCGAAUCCACAACAAACAAUCUCAGUUAACGGAGAGACCGUCUCUGUUACACCAAAUCUCUUUUAUGUGUUUCGAAGCUUACGUCAUACGACAAAAGUGGUGAACCUAUGGAUUGAUGAACUUUGCAUUAACCAGGAAGACAAUGAGGAAAAAGGAAUCCAAGUGAGAAAGAUGGCAGAGAUAUAUCAAGCAGCCGAUACUACUCUAGCAUGGAUGGGUGAAGAGGCAGACGUUAGCAACUUGGGCAUGGAGCUGCUCCAACGCUGGGAAGAAAUGGGUAAAGUUCCUCUCUGAAAUGGACGGCUUGUCAAAACAGGAGGGAACCCCCUUCGUGCUCGCUGCGACGAAUAGGCCCGCUGACCUUGAUGAGGCUUUCUUUCGUCGCCUCCUCAAAGAUUCUUUUCCAGCUCCCUGAAGAAGGCCCUCGAGCCAAAGUCCUAAAGCUGUUUUUGAUGGCGGAGGACCUGGACGAAAAUAUUGAUGUUGCUACUUUGGCGGAGCUGACAGAGGGGUACUCCGGAUCUGAUCUUAAGGAUUUAUGUGCCGAGGCAACCAUGAUUUGUGCGAUUGAGCAGGUCAAGAUGAUUCCUACUCCCGACGAAAACGGAGAGGAGACGGGGAGUAAACAAACAGUAAAAAGGGAGCUGAAGCUAGAGCCGAGGCACUUUGCGGAGGCACUGAAGAGGAUUCGCCCAAGUGUUUCCCAGCGAGCUGUGAAGGGGUUUUAGGAGUUUGCAGAUCGAUUUAACCAGGAAUUAUUGAAGCCGAAGCCGAAGACAUUAUUUUCAAGAGAUGUUAAUACUGAAGUCA